AUGAGCUCUGAAAAGCCUGCCAGCUACGGCACGAACCACCUCGACCCCCCGGCCCUCCGCAUCGCCUCGUCUCCUCUCGGCAUGCUCUUUGAGCGGAUGGCCCUCAUUCCGCUUGCGAUAUACCUGGCCCAGGCCGGCACCUCGCACCCGCUCGUCGGCCGAAUGGCGCUCGUCGGCCGAAUGGCGCUCGCCGGGACGAUCCCCGCAAGCCUAUUCCCGCGGCUGGGCGUGCUCGGCGACAUCGCCAGCCUACUACGCAAAGGCGCCACCGACUACUUGGACCGGGCGUCGUCCGUGAGCGAGCUGCACCGCACGGUCCGGGACGCCGGCUGGGGAAGCGUCUUUCCGUGCGCCAACGGUGCGGCCAGCGACAUUCUCACGCGACACGCCGUGCGGACAGCGGUCGACAUACCCAUACCGACAGACUUGGGAGAGCUGGUCCCAAAGUAUAUCGAUCAAGAGAUCCAGGCAGCAGAGCAAUCCAAAAAUCGUGGUGCAGCCGUCAUUGCCAGCGAGGUGAAGAGCGCUGUCGAGGAUGGUGCAAGAGGGCCCGGGGUGCGCCGGCCGCAGACGCUUUAUAUCAUCGACUGCACUAUUGACGAGAAAAGGAGGCAAGCUCACGCCUUUAGAGCGAGCCCCCAGGCCGCCAUGUGGGAGACCGUCGUCGAAGCAGCCGUUCUGCUUGCUCUUGUAGGCACAACUGCCAUUGUCAUUCUUCUGGGCCUUUACGGCACCGCCGCGGCACUCCUCGUCAGCACAAUCUUUCGUGUGUCGUGUCUCCUCAUCCAGGUCGAGCGGCCCCAGGGUUACCUGACGAGCAACGAGCCCGACCAAAACGACGCCUGCAUGCUCGUCGCGAUUCACGAAAACGCAAACACGUGGUACCUCUAUACCGGCUCUCGCGGGGUCGUGGACUGGCUCCUCAACAAGUCCAUGAUUAGCAAAGUCACCUCGCGCGGCGGCGGCGACGACACAAAUGCAGCGGCGGCAGAGACUACAGCCCUGCUGCUGCAUGCCCUCGCCGUGUUGCAGCUUGGCAGCAUGACGUACGUCGCCACGCAAAAAGGCUGGGAUGCCUUUGGCCUGCUCGCCGUUGUGCUGUGCGCCUCGCUGCUCGACCACGUACUGUACAGCGAUGGCCGACUGGCGCAGCGCUGGCUACGCGCCGAGCAUGUCACGAUGAAGGCGUACGCGUGCCAGUUUAGCGGGCGCGUGCCCAUGAUUGGUGUCGUACAGACGCGCCGCAAGGGGGCCACCAGCGGCUCGCCGACGAGCUGGAUGGACCAGAUAAUAGCGCCGUCGGAACGCCGUGACGCCUGGCUCAGGAAGCUGCGGCGGUCUGCCUCUGCCUCGUCCGUCACCGCCGAAGCAGCAGCAGGUCAAACGGGACAGCGGCCUUUUUGGGUAGCAGAAGACGGGCAGGCGACGACGGAAGAGGAAAAGAACGACCGAAUCUGGGUGCAGAAUAAUUUUGUCCUGACGCGCGCUGCCGCUGAGGCUAUUGACACCCAUAUGGGCGGGUGCUUAUUGUGA